UCUCUCACCAACACUUCUUCAACCUCUAAAUCGUCCUCAAACUUACUGAAGAAACGCCGCAAAGAGAUCUUUUUCUAAAAAAUAAAGAUUUGGAAAAGCUUCCAUCAAUCAUUGUAGUUGAACAUCCAUUUCAAGGGAAAGAGAGGAAAGGGGGAAAAAAGGGUCGACUUUCAAUUUCUGUGGUCAAUUUCAGCAAAAUGGGGUGCACUGCUUCACGCCCAGCUAAUUUCAUCGGUAAUCAGGAAGAUCCCAACUCCAAUUCCUCCACCAAUUCGCAGCUGCAAUCCCCUCACCACUCCUUCUCCGACGCCUCUUCCACGCCGGUGUCGAGGACUCUCUCUCUGCCGACCCCUCUGAUCCACCACCCUCCUUUGAGAAAAGGGGAUUCCAAUCACUUCGUUUCUCUCACAUCCACCACCUACGGAUCCCUCGCGCUGCCCUCCCCCCAAAAUCCUCGCGAUUUGGGGAUUUCCGAGGACCCUCCGUCGCCGGACUCGGUCAUCAACACGUGGGAGCUCAUGGAGGGCCUCGACGAAGACGAAUUUCGCUACCAAAUUGUCGAGAAUCCUAAGAAAUUGGGUGAAAUUCAGGUGGAUGGUGAUCAAUUGGAGCAAUCCUAUGAGUUUGUAGAGCAUCCGGUGUCGAAGCCGCUGUGGAAGCACUUGUCUGAGGAGUCUUUCCUGGCCAAAAUGGACACCAAUGUGGCGUCUAGCUACCGUAGGGCUUUGUUGGGGAGGAAGAAUGUGUGUGAAGAGGCUGUGAAGCCCAAAAAGAUUGUGUCUUUGGAGUCGGAUACUGUGAAUUCUGCGGUGGCUGUUGCAGAAAGUGAUGGAUCUUGCUGUUUGCCUAGUGGUGACAAUAGGAUUGUGCUGUACUACACUAGUUUGAGGGGGAUAAGGAAGACUUACGAGGAUUGCUGCGCGGUUCGGGUGAUUAUGAGAUGUUUUAGAGUGUGUGUUGAUGAGAGGGAUAUAUCGAUGGACAGGUCGUAUAGGACCGAGCUGCAGGAGGCUUUGAAGGGUAAAACAGUGAGCUUGCCUCAGCUGUUUAUCAAUGGGAAGUAUAUUGGUGGUGCUGAGGACAUUAAGCAGCUCCACGAGGUGGGGGAGUUGGCGAAGCUGCUGCAGGAUUUCCCAAUCACGGAUAAAGGAAUUGUCUGUGAGGCUUGUGGGGAUGCGAGGUUUAUACCAUGCCCGAGCUGCAGUGGGAGCAGGAAGGUUUAUGAAGGGGAAGACGGGGAGCUGAGGAGAUGUCCGGGUUGCAAUGAGAAUGGACUGGUUCGGUGCCCUGGUUGCUGCCCUUGACCAAUGAGUGUUAUUAGGUGCUUGAUUGGUGAGGUUAUUAUAAGGAGUAAUGCUUGCUUAUUUGAUGUGUGCUUAGUGUGGAGUAUUUGCUCUUGAUUAAUAGUAUCAUUUAUUGAAGUGUUUAUAUUGUCUAGCUGCUUAAUUAGGAGGGAUCUUGAUCAAAUAAUUAAGUUAAUUAGUAUGCUUUCUUGCAAUAUCUUGCUGGAA